AUGUUCUCCCCGGAGAUGCUGAAGGCGGCACAAGGGAUGAUGGCGAACAUGUCCCCCGAGGACAUGCAAAGAAUGACUCAGAUGGCAGCCAACAUGGACCCUUCCGUCAUGGAGGGCAUGAUGAAGAAUAUGGGCGGCAAUGCCCCGGCCAUGGAUUCAGGCCAGAUGCAAGAACAGAUGAAAAAGAUAGGGCAGAUGAGCCCUGACGAGCUCAAGUCGAGUAUGAGUCAAGCACAGCAGCAGAUGGGUGGCCAGAAGCAAUACAUGUACAAUGCAUCCAUGCAGCUGAAAAAUGAAGGCAACGACCACAUCAAGGCUCAGAAGUAUUCCGAUGCUUUGAGAGCGUACAGCAAAGCUCUGGAGAAUCUGAAGCCCUUUGCCGGAGAUGACAUCUCUCAGCUGCGGUUGUCCUUGAUGCUGAACUCUGCCAUGUGCCAUUUAAAGCAGAGUGAUCCUGCGCGGUGCGUGGAGGUAUGCGAAGAAGCACUCCAAAUCAACAGCCAUAGCGUCAAGGCGCUUUUCCGGCGCGGCCUGGCCCGAGUGGACCUUGGCCAACUGGCUGAGGGCGUGGCCGACAUCAAGUUCGCAGCGAAGCUGUCUCCAGAUGACAAGACGAUUGCCUCAGAAUUGCAGCGGGUGGAGAAGGACUGCAUGGGCAAAGGCGUGUCUUCGGAGGCCAUCGAGACGGCCCAGCAGAAGGCCGAAGAGGCGGCCAAGAAAGGCUCCGGCUCCGUCGCGGCGAGCGCGUCGUCGGCGCCUUCGAGCGGCUUUCCGGGUGCAGGUGGCCAGAACGUCGAGCAGGCCAUGGAGCAGAUCUCCAAGAACCCGGAGAUGGUCUCCCAGGCCACGGAGAUGAUGAAGAAUAUGUCCCCGGAGGACAUCGAGCGAAUGAUGGCCUCCGCACCCUUGCCUCCGGGUGUCGACAAGGAGACAGCACGAAAGCGAAUGGAGGCUGUCUCAAAGAAUCCAGAGAUGCUGAAAACGGCCAUGGACACGCUCUCGUCCAUGCCGGAAGAGGAGCGGAAGCGCAUGCUGCAGUCCGCGGCUGGCGGAGGGAGUUCCCAGGCACCGGACUUCAGCAAGAUGGGAGACCUCAUGAAGGAUCCGGCGGCCAUGAAGUCUGCAAUGGCUGCUGCCGGUGCCAUGGGCCAGGGCUCCGGGCCUGAGGCAGAUCUCAUGAAGAAGAUGACGGAGAAUCCGGAGAUGAUGGAUGCCAUGACCAACAUGAUGAAAAACAUUCCUCCGGAGCAGAUGCAGAAGAUGAUGGACAUGAGCAUGAAGAUGAAGUCGGGAGGCGACGGCACGCCGGAUCCGUCACAGAUGCUGAACGAUCCGGAGAUGAUGAAGGCGGCAGAGGAAAUGAUGAAGAACAUGUCGCCGGAGGCGCUUCAGAGCAUGGCCAAGUCUGCAGGAAUGGAGGUGUGGUACUGCGAUGGCUCUGGAGCUGCAGUGGACGGCCUGAAGUUUGAGGGGUACAAGUUCACUUUCAUCGACGUGGACGAGCAAGAUCCAGCCGAGGCCCAGCACGCGCGUUCUCGCAGCUGCCCUCCGACUUCUGGCCGGCAUUCCGCAAUGGACAUGGGCAUGGACGCGCACGAAGAGGAGAAGGCCAUGCGAGGCUACGUGGACAUGCUGAAGCAGAAGCAAGGGGAUGCCGGUUUCGCAAGAGCACUGCACCAGAAGGCAGACAGCCCUUUCGGCAGUGUCCUCGAUGCGAGCCCAGCAUCCACCGCGGCCCCCGAGAGUGAAGGUGAGUGGAGCCCAGGGCAGUCAAGCAACACAGACGACAGCCCUGCCACCUUCAUGGAAGGAACCCCCAGCAGCAGUUCGCUCGAUCGGCGUGUUGCUGAGCUGCUGCCGAGCCACGGCAGCUUGGGUCACCCGGAGGUCUGCCGCAGGCCUUGCAUCUACUUCUUGGCUGGGCACUGCGAGAACGGAAACGCCUGCGCCUACUGCCACCUCCCCCACAUGGAGAAGACUCCAAAGCUUGACAAGAGGCAGCGAACCAUCAUCCAGGGACUGAGCCGCCGAGAACUCUUGGCGCUGGUCCUGGAGUUUUGCCGCACAAAAGCUGAGCAGGUGGGCUUCGUCGAGGAAGCCUCCGAGGUGCUGGGCAUGCUGGAGGCAGAGUCGGCCAGCACGCGGGCCCUGCCGGCAUCCAUCUCGGACCGGGACAUCCGAAACCUGCACAAGACCCUGGCGCGCAUGAACUUCUCCAACCUGAUUGGAUUGGUGACGCACCAGUCCCCGAGCCGACCUGGAAACGCUUCAGAGAGCUCAGAGCAGCUGAUGGGAGCCCUGGAAAGGCUCGGAUCCUUGUGCCGCCCAGCCGCGGCCCUGCACGAGCUACGUGCUGGUGCAAUGCCGAAGGUGGAGUGCCGGCUUCUGCAGUCGCAAGAGCGUGGGGAUGAAAAGGCCGUGCUAAUUGUGCAUGACGACGUCUCUGUCAAGGUUCGCAGGGAGCGGAGGCACCAACGUGCUGGUUGGCAAGCCCUCCUUGGCGUGUCCAUGCGGUCCGAAGCAAAGUUGGACCCUGGACGGGGUACCCUGGCCGCCGCACUUCCCAAGCGCUACGAAAAGACCCUGCCGGAGAAGAUCCAGGCAGCGUUGGCAAAGCGCGAAGCGGUCCGCGCUAUGAUCGGGGCACAGGCAGCAUUCUGGGCCAAGCUCGACAAGCAGUACGCGGAAAGUUUUGAGGAGAUAGAGGGUGUAAACAAAGAAGAGCAAAGCAGCAACAGGUGGAGGGGUGAUUGCGUGCCUGGACAGGCCCUGGCCUGUGACCUGGGCCAAACAGCUGCAACGCCAGAAGAUGGAGCUGGCCCGAUCCCAAAUCCGAAGGGAGACAGCAACUUGCUAAGCAACUUCGUUCUGCUAAAAGCGCGGAUGGCACAGGGCUAUUUCAUGUUUGCACUGCUUGCAGAGCAUUGCUCAUUUUGCUCCACGGGCCUGCGUGUCGAGAUCAAUCGCUCUGCUGCGAUGGCUCUGGAGCUGCAGUGGUACAAGUUCACUUUCAUCGACGUGGACGAGCAAGAUCCAGCCGAGGCCCAGCACGCGCGUUCUCGCAGCUGCCCUCCGACUUCUGGCCGGCAUUCCGCAAUGGACAUGGGCAUGGACGCGCACGAAGAGGAGAAGGCCAUGCGAGGCUACGUGGACAUGCUGAAGCAGAAGCAAGGGGAUGCCGGUUUCGCAAGAGCACUGCACCAGAAGGCUUGCUGGCAAGCGCCAUGGCAAGAAUGUCUGCCUUCGGCACAGUGCUCGAGGCAGACAGCCCUUUCGGCAGUGUCCUCGAUGCGAGCCCAGCAUCCACCGCGGCCCCCGAGAGUGAAGGCCACGCGCAGCGAUGUCACUGUAGGGCGCUUUGCAGCAAGUUGCCUGAAUCUGAACCUUCGCUGGCCGCGCUUGGAAGGUGAGUGGAGCCCAGGGCAGUCAAGCAACACAGACGACAGCCCUGCCACCUUCAUGGAAGGCAAGGUCUCUUUGUGA